AGCAUGCAUAAAAUUACACUUCUUCCAACACAUGGCCUGCUAUGCUUCACAGAUAUAAACCAGAGGAUGGGUCCUUUGAGGUUGGCCAGGCUAUAGCAGUGAAAUGUAGCCGCACCCACUUAACUAUAAAAUUGCCAUUUAUUGCAUUAAUUAUCUUGAAAUGGAGAACAGCAAAAUCUGAACUGUGUUGUUUAGAAUGCACAUUUCAAGACAAAAUAUGUUUAAGCUUGAAAUAGAAAACUCUUAUAAAAAAAUUAUAUUUGUCUUUGUUGAAAACAUUGAAUAAUAGGGAAUCAAAAUGCCAAGAUCUGCGCUGACAAAUCAGAAGAACUGCAGUAAUGACACCAGAUGUCUGCAACACAAAAAGUAGACGCUGACAACAUUUAACAUUUUACGGACAACCAACAAAAUUAAGUACUUCCUUCUUUCAAGCUUCACACAUAUAAUGUGACCAUCAUGCAAAAAUAAUUUUAGAUCUGUCCAGGUCUUCACACUUGGCACAUGGCCACCAUGGGAGUGUGCACUCACUGCGCGCUGACUGCUAUCAUUGCUCUGACUGUAAUAUCCACGGCUUUUGGCAAGGUGAUAGAAUAUGAAGAAGUUCGGAAACUUGUCAAAGAAGAAAAAAUAAGUCACCAUGAAAAGACUGCAGAGAAAAACCAACGGAAUAAGAGGAAUAUUCCAAGCUGGGCUUUUGGUGCCAAUCCCCCUGGGGUACCUGCUCUAGGCCCUGGGGAUAGUGGACCUGUGUUUGUGGAGGGAAGUCCCUGGGGUAGAGGUGGGAGCAGUGCAGGGAGUGGCAGUCCAUGUAAAAACUUUGACAAAGGAUUCUAUGACUUGGUGGUAGAAACUGAUGGCCAAGGCACCAUUAGUGGACCCAACAAAAACAAUGCCAUAAUGGUGUCCUUUUCUGGCGGCUGGACCACGCCCAGAGACUGCGCUCGCCAGGCAUUGGCAAAAAUUGACUUUGAUGCAGGUGCAGGAAGAAGACUUCGGAUUGACAUGUGCUUCAAGCAGCCUCAAGGCUUUAACAUCAACAUUGGGGACUCCAUAAGCAACAAUGGCUAUGGUGGAGAUGGCAACCACCAAACCAACGAUGCCGAGGUUCACAAUAUCAAUUCCAACUUCUACGCCUACGCCAGUGACCUUCUCUCUGCGACCCAACUGGUCAACGACCCAGGGGCCAUCCUUUCAAAUGAAAUCUUCAGCAUGGAGGUGAGGAACAACUACAUAGGAUGGGCCAACUCCCUGAGCAUUAGCUCCAAAUCCUCGUCAGCACUAUUUGCCCUCAACCACCAAUACGACCAGGGACCACACAAUCCAGGCACCAAUUCUAUCGUCUAUAUGGGGAUGAACCGUGUGAUCAGCUACAGGCAAGACCGGAUCGGCCGAGGACUGUGCUCUGUUGGCUUUAAGUGGUUUUAGAGGAAAUGGUUCACUCUGAAUUAUUCUACUUAUUAGUAACAAUGAUACCAUUUGUUGUCAAAUCAAAACAUAUCCACAAAAUGCAUUGGUCACGAAUAAUGUUUCAAUGGCAUAUAUAUAUACAAAAAUUUCAUUUUAUGGCCAUGAGUUCUCACUGGAUGAAUUUAUUUGUGAAUCCUUUCACUUUAGACCAAGUAAUAAAAGAAUAUAAACAAGCCUGUGUCCAUAUAUUU